CAGCAGAAGCUGGUGAGAGUGAUCAGACCUUUGAAUUUCAAGUCUUCAUCAAUAUGGCACUGGCGGUGGAGGAAAGCGAAAGUAACACUACUACUAGUACAACUACAAGCUUCAAUCAAAAUGCGCGAAUGAACAUGAUGAACGGAGAGUGUGAAUCCGGCUGCCAGCGGCCGCCGUUCGGGAAAAAGUGCCGUCACCUGUUGAAGAAGCAGCGGACUAAAUUCUACAUCCUCCGGCGCUGCAUAGCAAUGCUUCUCUGCUGGCACGAACGUAAUGACCCCUGAUAUAAUAGCAAGGCACACCUACCUAGCUACCUAGCUUGUUAGUUCAUUUUUCUUAAUUAAUUUUCUUUUUCUCUUUCUAGUAUUAUUAAUCUGCUUAAAUAUAUAUGUAUAGAAGUAUAUUUGAAGGCUGUUCAUGAACUUUGUUUCCAAUUUGAUGGAGCCAAUAAGAUCUGUCCACUGUAUUUUUAUUUUA